AUGUCGAGUUCAACAUCGCUCGCAAGGCUGCGGCAGAAGUCGCCGGGCAAGACACCGACAUGGCGUGAUCUGGUGCGGACUGGGCGCAGUGGAGGCCACGUGGUCAUCGAGAAGCUAUCGCCAGCGUUUGCAUCGGUGCGGCGCAAGAAAAAGCGGCGGAAGCGCAAGCACAAGUCGCGGCCACAACAACGUGACGGCGGAAGCCAGUCGGCGACAAGUGGCGGUGAGUGGGGUGACGCCCACGGCGUGGCUCACGGUCUCGCCCAGGUUCCACUAGACUCGCUCAUCGAUCUGCAGAAGCACUUGGUCGCGCAGUCGCGCCGGCUUGCGUCGCAGGAAGAGGAGCUCCGCGCCGUGCGGCGCAAGCUCGCCGAUGUCGGAUCUGGCGAAGCUCGUGCGCCUGAGCGUCCGCACGAUGCUGGUCGUGGGGCUGUCGGCAGCGCGGACACAGCCCAGGGCGACCUUGGUGUCGUCAAGGUUGUCCAUCCGCUGGAAAACGAGGCCGUGGCGCUGUCGGACUCGCUGUUGAGUCUACGGCCGCCGUUCACGCCGGGCGGGAAGCCCAACUCGCCGCGGCGCGUGCGCCCGGGCACGACGGUCCACAUUCCACCGCCGUCACCGACUCGGCCUGUCGAAAGCCUGGCCUGCUCCGGCGCCGGCCAGCCCGGUCCUGUGUCGCAGGUCCCGCGCAUUGCCGUCCGACUCGACGCCGUGGACGAUGCCGGUGAGCUCGAGGCAGGCUCGCUCGACGCGCUCGUGGCGUCGCUUCAGAAUCAGCAGCGGGCGUACGACGCGUCGCGCAAGUCUGGUCGGUCACAAUACCUGCCGCUUGUGCGGCAGCUCGAGACGAGCAGAGGCGGCAGCAGCGCAGGCAUGGGCCCCGGCCUGCCGGGCGUCCCGCGAGUUCGAGUCUCGCUCCGCGAGCUUGAGCAAUGAUGGCGGUGGCCAAGUUAGCGAAUGAUCUGCCGCGGCGAGGUCUGGAGGGCAGCAAGGAGCCAGUCAAUCGCCUCCGUCACACCGGUGCCGUCCUUGGCGCAGAUAGGUGCCACGUGCAUGUUGUGGUCGGGCACGUCGGUGACCCCAAAGGCGUCAGCCACCACGUCGGGGUCGAUGGCGUCGUCCUUAUCCAUCUUGUUGCACAGCAGGAGAACUGGCG